AUGCUGCUUCUCCUGCUUGGCUGCCUCCUGCCUGCCACUGAUGCCAGUGGGAAAAACUGCCUCCGCUGCUGGCCAGACCUGCCUGCAUUAAUAGAUUAUGACCUGCAGAUUCUUUGGGGUGACCCAGGGCCACCUGAAGAGCUCUCCCAAAGCCUCCACUCCCUAUUUCUGGAGGCUCAUGACUUUCCAGGACCCUGGUAUCUUGAUCAGGACCAUUUGGAGAAAGAAGCAGCCAAAUUAUUCAAUCACAUAGAUAAAGCCAUUAGGAAAUUUCGAGUUGAUAAACCGUCACUUCUAGAAGAGAUUCGUGUCCAGAAGCAGCUGUUUUCCAAGAGGCUGGAUGUAAUAUCCGAGGAGCUGAAGGAAAAGGCCUGCAACAACUCCUGUGACCUACAGUCCAAACUGGAGGUCAUCAAUUGUGCCAACUGCAGAACACACUUCCUCACCUGCAAAGACCCCACUCUCUGCCCAGGUGAGACUCAGAGGACUUUGUUAUGGGCUGUGAGCCUCAGCAUCACUCUGCCCCUGGCAGUCAUAGCUGGAGACCCACUCUCCACCUGCUCCCUGACUAGCACAGACUAUCGAGAUGGCUCCCGUGCCCUGGGUGACAGUGUUGGCGAGAUGAAGGCAGUGGUGGCCUGCAUCUCUCGAGGGGUUCCAGAGUCUGGGUAUGAAGCAGGGGCUGAAAGAGGCCAGUCGAAAGCCUAG